AUGUCACUUCAUCAUCGAGUUCUGCGCCAGAUGGAACCCGCAGCUUCCCAUGAGAGUCUUGCACUUGAAUGGGCCUUUGGUCUACACAAGGAUUUUAAAUCUGUCAUUCAUAAUCUCAGUACAUCCCCUACAGAUCGUGUGGUAUUUUAUACCAUUGGACAUGUUGGUGUUAUUUAUGAUGCCGUGCAGAAUACACAGCGUCAUUUAAUGGGACAUCGGCAUACAAUCAUUGCAUCUGCGUGUAGUCGUAAUAGACGUUUUAUUGUUACUGCAGAUGCUGGUACAAGUGGAGCAUAUGAUCCCCAUAAUAAUAAUAAUAAUAAUAAUAAUAAUAAUAAUAAUAUCCAUAACCCCACACAACCCAAUUACAGUAGUGGACUAGGCGUAGGAAUAGGAAUAGGAGGAGGAGAAGAGUCCUAUUCCCACAGUAGUGAUCGACAGAGUCGAAAUGCAAAUGGUGUUUCCCAUGCCGAUCAACAUUCAGCAGAUUCUGAAGGGGAUCAAGAUACCUCUGUGAUGAUUGUAUGGGAUACACAAACUGGAAUGCCUGUACGAACCAUACCAACAGGUAUGUAUGGUGGUGUUGUGGCGUGUGCGAUGAGUCUUGAUGCGAUGUAUAUUGCCACACUUAAUCGACGCGUUCCGCAGGAAAUUAUGUUGUGGGGAUGGACAGCAGACAAAGAUGUGGAUGAACAUGGAUUACCAAAUGAUUUUGUUGCCAAUACAACCUUAGAAAGUAUGAUGGAACCAGAAUAUCGUCGUGCUAUUCCUGCACAAGAUGAACAAACUUCUAUUCGUUUCUCAGAAGAUGAUCCACAUCUUCUUGUAACGAAUGGAUUACAUCGUGUACUCUUUUGGUCAUGGGCAGAAGGAGAAUUGAAAUAUUAUUCUCCACCAAUUUUAUCUAAAAAUUUAAAGAUACCUAUUGGAAAUUUUACACAAACAAUAUUUGUUCCUGGUACUACUAUGGCAUGUAGUGGAACCGUUGAUGGAGAUGUUAUUUUAUGGGAAGUCCAACCACGUGAUCGAGUUACGAAAGAACAAGAUAAGACUAUGCUUAAAAUGGUACGUAUACAUUCUGCUGGAGUUUCUUUUCUUGGUUGGUCCAGUGGUUAUAUCGUUACUGGUGGUAUUGAUGGACAUGUUAAAUUUCUUGAUCCCAAACUACGUCUUAUUGCCUGGUUUGAGGAUCUCACUGGAGGGCCUAUCACAUCUAUCAGUUUUGAUCGUCCAGCAGUGGCCGCACCAUUGGCAUUAGAUGAAAUGCGAAAAGAAUUUAAAAUGACUACACAAAAGAAAGUUGCACUUGUGGGAACAAAUGCCGUACAAGAGUUUUCAGCACCUGAUUUUAUGGUUUCAACUGCUAAUGCAAUGAUUAUUAGUGUUUUAUCUAAAUCAUUUCAUACAGGAAAUGCAGAAUUACUACGUGGUAAACUUAUUGUACAAGGACAAGAUAAAGGUAUUCAAUGUAUUGUGGCACAUCCAAAAUUAACCCGUGUCGCUAUUGCUGGACAUAGUGGUAGUUUACAUAUAUGGGAUUAUAUUGCUAAACGUGUAUCACUUCUCAGUAUUUUUCAAAAUGUGCAGAUUCAUUGUAUGGCAUAUGAUCCAGAAGGUGUUUUUCUAGCACUUGGUUGUACAAAUGGUGUGGUUAAGUUUCUUGAUGCGGAAUCUUUAGAAGAGCGAAAGUCUAUUAAACCUAAACGUCCAGAUUGUAUUACACGUUUGGUAUUUUCUCAUGAUGGAAAACGAUUAGCCGCUGCGGAUGUUGCUGGAUGUGUGGCGUUAUAUGAAUAUGAUCAUCCACAAGGUAAUACCUCAAAGCCUAUGGAAUGGGAUAUUGUAGGUCGGCAUAAAACACAUAGAGCCGCUAUCUCUGGAUUACAGUUUGGGGAUGAUGCGGGUUUACCACGAUUACUCUCUGUUGGUGAGGAUAAACGCCUUGUAGAGUAUGAUCUUAUUGAUUCCGAGGCGGAAUCUGGAUUACUUGUGCGAAGUGCACAUAAAAUUACACAAGGAGCCAUUCCAACAGGACUUUUUUGGGUAAAAGAAGAUGGUGUUGUUACAGAUAUGAAGCGUCGCAGUAAUGCUGAAGACGGUGAUUAUUCCUCUCAAGAUGAUAUGCUUCUUAUUGCAACAAGUGAAUAUAAAAUUACAGUUUUCCUUAGUGAUUGGAGUCGACAAUGUAUCAAGUCGGUUUUAUCACCUACCUUUGGUGGUCCAGUGGUGGAAAUGUUUACUGUACCAACCUCACGAGAGAAUAAUACCCCAUGUUUAUUUUAUGCCACACGAGAAAAAGUUAUUGGAUUAAUGCAACUCCCUUUAGAAGGAGAUCCAUGCAUGUCUACAGGAGUUUUAGCCCAUCCAGGUUCCAUCACAAGUGUGACAAAAUCCUUUGAUGGAGCUUUUGUGUUUACAGCAGGUGGAGAGGAUCAAUCGGUUAUGCAGUGGCGUAUUAAUGGAGAUCGCAUAGUCCCUGAAGAUGAGGCAGCAGCCACUGCAGAAAUCUUAACAUCUACAAUUGGAGAAGUUCCACUGGAUCAUCUUAUUGCCGCCGUUGAGGGUGGACGUGAUGGACAAUUUAUGCGUGAGAUUGUGGAUUACUUUUACUAUGCGCAAAUUCGUUUACAAGGUGAAGAGACCACAGCUAAGCGUGAGUUAAUGGGUGCUGUUCCAUUUUCACAACUUCCUAAUCUCUUUCGUGCACUUGGUUAUUAUCCUUCCGAACUUGAGAUUGGACGAUUGACGUAUGAAGUAGCGAAUUUGUAUGGUCCUGAAGGGGAAUCUGUAGAUGAAUGUGAUGUGGGAAGUAUUCCUCUUAAAUUUUCACAAUUUAUGCGUUUGUAUGUAAACUACCGUCCUAUCUACGGCAUCACCCGACAGGAUAUUGAGUGUGCCUUCUCUGCACUUGGAGCGGAUCCCGUAACGGGUCAAAUCUCACGGGAUGUGUUAUUUAAAUUAUUAGGAACACAUGGAGAGGCCCUGCAGCCAACAGAGAUUGCCGCGGCUCUGCGUUCCCUGUUGGGGGAUGGGGUGCGGUUAGAUAUGUUAGAAGAUACAAUUACGGCCCGUGCCUUUUCAGAGAAUUUGUUGGGAUUUGAGGAUUAUGAUGCCCCUGCUACUGUUGGGAAGACAAAUGAAGAAGAGGAAAUUAUUGAAGAAGAAGAGAUAUUCUUUGAAAUGUAA